GAGGGGCCCUCCUGGGUACAGCAUGUGCUCUUAGAAUCCACAACAUCUCCCUUCAGAAAAGCCCAUGUUGCUUUUAGAUAGGAAAUUACCAGCACAGUUUUGGCUCACCACCAAUAAUGUGUGUGUGUCAGUGUGACAGACUAACCUUUGGAAAUAUGAGUGUUUCUGAGUGCCUCGCAGUCUUGACUGUUGCCUGAAUGCCUGUAGAUGUGUAUCUCGCUGUGUGUUUUUGUCUGUGUUUUGGUCUGUGUUUGCGUGUUGUUGUCGGUGUUCCCUGGUCUGAUUGCACCCGUGUCUGACAGUCCCUGUCCUGUGCUUACACAGCAUAAGCUGAAGUCUUCACAGAGGGACAAGGUACGGCAGUUCAUGUCCUUCACCCAGGCUGGGGAGAAGACAGCUGUGUACUGCCUCACACAAAAUGACUGGAAACUAGAAGUUGCUACGGAUAACUACUUUCAGAAUCCAGAUCUCUACUGCAAGGAAUCCAUGAAAACGUCAGUGGACCGGAAAAAGCUAGAGCAGCUCUACAAUCGCUACAAAGAUCCCCAGGAUGAGAAUAAGAUUGGUAUUGAUGGGAUCCAGCAGUUUUGUGAUGACCUCUCACUGGAUCCAGCAAGCAUUAGCGUGCUGGUCGUUGCGUGGAAGUUUCGUGCUGCCACUCAGUGCGAGUUCACCAAGAAAGAGUUUUUGGAUGGAAUGACAGAAUUGGGGUGUGACAGCCCAGAAAAACUGAAGGCCCUUUUGCCAAGAUUAGAGCAGGAGCUCAAAGAUAGUGGGAAGUUCAAGGAUUUCUACCAGUUCACCUUUAACUUCGCCAAAAAUCCCGGGCAGAAGGGUCUAGACUUGGAGAUGGCUGUAGCCUAUUGGAACCUGGUUCUGUCGGGACGAUUUAAGUUCCUCGAUCUUUGGAACAAAUUCCUUUUGGAACACCAUAAACGAUCCAUCCCAAAGGACACAUGGAACCUUUUGUUGGACUUUGGUAACAUGAUUGCAGACGACAUGUCAAACUAUGAUGAGGAAGGAGCAUGGCCAGUCCUUAUAGAUGAUUUUGUGGAAUUCGCUCGACCAAUUGUAACAGGAUCAAAACGUAAAACUCUCUAAAUCCAAUCCCAACUCUGGAUAGCCAGAACCUUGUUUCUGUUACAGUGACUUCAUAGUUUUUAAGACUUGUUAAAAAAAAUAAAAUAAAAAUAAGUGAAAAUUGUAGACUUCAGAGAGAAAACAGAAGCACUUGAAACUGUCAGGAAACCACCUUUCAGGGAGCUAAGUGACAACUGUGAGAACAACAGGCCACAUUUUUUUGUCCUCGUGAGACUGAGGCAUUAAAUGGACAUUGCCGGAUUCACUGUUGUCUCUCCUGUUGGAUUCUCCGCAUCCUGGACACCUCUCUGCUCUGCUCCAGGAGGAGCACUACCUGUCAGGUCACAGCCUUGUAAGCGGGGAAGGACGCAGCACUGAGAGGUGGUUCACUGGAGAUGAUGUACUCAAAAGGGACUGGACAGGAGAAAACUGUGUUUCAAGAUUCUUCUAGUCAGCUUUGUGUUGUUAUAUGAAGCUCUGAGUGACUGUGCAAAGCUCCCCUGUCUUACUUCGGGACAGAGUGCUCACUACACCAGCACCAACAGAACUGUUGCAGUUUUAACUGUACAUACUGUAUCUACUGGGACAGUUUACAAAGAGAGCUAUAUGAACAAUAAUAUAAAUAUGUCAAAUUUAUAAAUGCAAAAGAUGAUUCUUUUAUGUACAGUUUAUGCUAACAUCUCUAACGGGAUGCCUCAAUAUCGUGGAUGAUAUGCUGUUGGUCUGUUUGUUCGGUGGAUCUGUCAAGUCAUGGAAUUGUGAGCUUCUCAAUGAAUGUUAAACACAUUCUAAAUCACCUUGGGCUGGUUUCACGAAUAUGUUUUCACUAAAGUAAAAGCAGUACUUUAAUUUGA